GUGGAGUGAACUUCUACAGACGUCCCCUGAGGAGAGUGAGUGUGUAGGAACCUGUGAAUCGUAACGCAACUCUAAUGACCCCCACAGGCUCCUGUUGCCCAUUCCAGCAGGGUGGGCUGAACCCGGAUCAAAGGGAACAGCUGGGAACCACACACCGGAGCCUUUUCCACUGUGACCCAUCAAUGGACUCCCUGAGGUGGGCUUAACACCGCUCAAUGAUUCUCCACCUGAGCAAACAACCUGCCGGCAGGCUUGGAGACAGAAUUUUCUUGAAAAUCGCCUGUAAGACAGAAGAGACGAAACAUGUAAGCCAGAAGACACAGGAGUCCACAUGAACCCUAUGGCGCAGCUAUACUACAACAAAGCCAGUAACUCCCCGUACCGCGAUCGCAUCCCGCUGCAGAUCGUGAGGGCGGAGGUUGAGCUGUCUGCCAAGGAAAGAGCCUACCUGACGGCGGUGGAGAAGGGUGACUAUGCUGGAGUUAAACAGGCACUUGAGGAGGCCGAGAUCUAUUACAACAUCAACGUGAACUGUCUGGAUCCCCUGGGCCGCAGCGCACUCCUCAUCGCUAUUGAGAAUGAGAACCUAGAGGUGAUGGAGCUGCUGUUGAGUCAUGGCGUGCACAUGGGUGAUGCACUCCUCUACGCCAUCCGCAAGGAGGUGGUGGGAGCGGUGGAGUUACUGCUAUCCUACAAGAAGCCAAGUGGCGAGAAACAGGUUCUUUCUCACUUGAUGGACACACAGUUUUCGGAGUUCACACCCGAUAUCACACCAAUCAUGUUGGCUGCCCACACUAACAACUACGAGAUAAUCAAGCUCCUAGUCCAACGAAAAGUCACCAUCCCGCGGCCACACCAGAUCCGCUGUGACUGCGUGGAGUGUGUAUCUAGCUCUGAAGUGGACAGCCUGCGGCACUCCCGUUCACGUCUAAACAUCUACAAAACACUUGCCAGCCCCUCUCUCAUCGCCCUUUCCAGCGAAGAUCCCAUCCUCACUGCGUUCAGGCUGGGCUGGGAGCUGAAGGAGCUCAGUAAAGUGGAGAACGAGUUCCGGCAGGAGUACGAGGAGCUUUCUCAGCAGUGCAAACUUUUUGCUAAAGACUUGCUGGAUCAGGCCCGUAGCUCCUGUGAGCUGGAGACCAUCCUCAACCAUCGGGAUGACCACAGCGAGGAGCUGGACCCCCAUGAGUGCAGAGACCUGGCCAAGCUCAAGCUAGCCAUCAAGUACCACCAGAAAGAGUUUGUAGCUCAGCCCAACUGUCAGCAGCUCCUGGCAACACUGUGGUAUGAUGGGUUCCCAGGUUGGAGACGACGUCACUGGGCAGUGAAGCUUGUCACUUGCUUCAUCAUUGGCCUGCUCUUCUCUGUCUUCUCCCUCAUAUACCUUCUGGCUCCAAAGAGCACCCUGGGAACCUUCAUCAAGAAACCUUUCAUCAAGUUCAUCUGCCACACUGCCUCCUACCUGACCUUCCUCUUCCUCCUCCUCCUCGCCUCACAGCAUAUCGUGCAAACUGACCUGCAUGUACAAGGACCUCCACCCACCAUCGUGGAGUGGAUGAUCUUACCCUGGGUUCUAGGCUUCAUCUGGGCGGAGAUUAAAGAGAUGUGGGAUGGCGGUUUCACAGAGUACAUCCAUGACUGGUGGAACCUAAUGGAUUUUGCGAUGAACUCCCUCUACCUGGCCACUAUAUCUCUUAAAAUGGUGGCCUACUUUAAGUACAACAGCUCCCGUCCUCGUGUGGAGUGGGAGAUGUGGCACCCUACGCUCAUCGCAGAGGCUCUCUUCGCCAUCGCCAAUAUCUUCAGCUCGCUGCGUCUCAUCUCUCUGUUCACCGCGAACUCUCACUUGGGCCCACUGCAGAUCUCUCUCGGCCGCAUGCUGCUGGAUAUCCUCAAGUUUCUUUUCAUCUACUGUCUGGUGCUGCUGGCCUUCGCCAACGGCCUCAACCAGCUCUACUUCUACUAUGAGACGAAGGCGUCCGAAGAGCCCAACCACUGCAAAGGGAUCCGUUGUGAGAAACAGAACAAUGCCUUCUCUACGCUAUUUGAAACUCUUCAGUCUCUCUUCUGGUCUGUGUUUGGGCUGUUGAAUCUGUACGUUACCAAUGUGAAGGCUCGUCAUGAGUUUACCGAGUUUGUGGGGGCCACCAUGUUCGGCACUUAUAAUGUCAUCUCACUGGUGGUGCUGCUGAACAUGCUCAUCGCUAUGAUGAACAACUCUUACCAACUCAUUGCUGAUCACGCAGACAUUGAGUGGAAAUUUGCUCGCACCAAGCUGUGGAUGAGCUACUUUGAUGAGGGAGGGACGUUACCACCACCCUUCAACAUCAUACCUAGUCCAAAGUCUGUGUGGUACCUGUGUGUGUGGCUGCACUGCCAUCUGUGUGGACAUGGAGAGCCUAGGCAUGAGGACGAGUGUAAACACGAAAACCUCAGAGAGUUCACGGAAAGGCAUGCCGAUAACCUCAUUCAGAACCAGCACUACCAGGAGGUGAUCAGAAACUUGGUAAAGCGAUAUGUUGCAGCCAUGAUCCGCAGCGCCAAAACAGACGAAGGGUUGACAGAGGAGAACUUCAAGGAACUUAAGCAGGACAUCUCCAGCUUCCGCUACGAGGUUCUUGACCUGCUGGGCAACCGUAAACCACCGCGCUGCACAUACUCGUCUAGUAGCGAGGCCACUCAGCAGGACGAAACAGCUGAGCCUGAGGAAGAGGAGGGCGAGGAAGACAAUAGGCUCAGAGGACCCGGAUGUGGGGAUGGGGGAGAGUCGUCUAGAUCUAAAGCAUCUACGUCCUUCUCCCAAUGUUACAGGAGAAACCGAGAGUCCCAGUUCAGCGUAUCAGCUCUCUUCAAGUCCAUGUCGGGACCGGUCAGAGGCAGACCGGAAAGCAGUGGCUUGAGGAACAACAUAUCCCACUCCUCUGCAUUUGUGCGGACCAGCAGCCGCCUGCAGCGCUUUUCGCGUUCCAAGAAAAACUCUUUGCCACGCUUGGGAAUGCUAAUGUCUCGUAUGAACGGACACAUCCCGGACCAACAUGCGGAGACCAAGGGAGAUCAAAAGUCCGCAUACAGCAUCUCAGACAGCGUACCGCAAACAUCUUGGCACGAUCCCCAGGUGCUGUCGAAGGUAACACAGAGCGAGAUGCACCUGCACACACUGGGACCGGGACCGGGACCACCAGAGACAGAUCAGAACCCAAUGCAGACCACAUCUCAACGGGCAAACGGCAGGGACAGUCUCCUCCUCCGGCCACCCAGCUACUCGCUGCCCCCGCUGCACUGUGCUUCCAGCCUGACUGCCUCCAGUGCCCAGCUCCUGGCCUCCAGUGAUGAUCUGUGCCACGGCUGGGUGGGACCCUGUGACAGUUUGAGCUCCUCCAGCUGGGAACAAGACGAGUCGGUUACGACACAGCUGUAGCGGCGAUGUCGGCUCAUUAACGUUUCACAGCUUAAGGCAGGGGUCUCCAACCCUGCUCCUGGAGAGCUAUCGUCCUACAGAUUUCAACUUCAACCCCAA